AUGGCUUCAGAAAUCGAACAGGUUCCUUAUUUUCCCAAUCGCAAUGGUUAUGAAUCGCGUAUAUUUGAUCAUUCACAAAACUCAUCCAUAGAGACGGACCUUCCUGCUGGAUUUCCCAAAAGCUUAGUCUCGAAGAUGGCUUGGGAAAGAGAGGAUAUCUCCCUGGACGAGGCACCAGCUAGUGGAACUCCAUACGUGUUGAUUUUACAGGGUCCGCAGCUGGCAGAGAUUGAGGCGGCGCUCAGACACUUUCAAAGUUUGGCUCAGCCAAUGGACACGCUUGACCCGUCAACGUUUCCUCUUCCGUGCUUACACUCAAUUCUCCGGUCGGUAUCACACAAUCUACAUUCGGGCUAUGGCUUUACUCUCAUUCGUGGAGUCCCCGUGGAGCGCUAUACCCGUGCUGAGAACAUGAUCAUUUAUGUUGGCAUUUCAUCCCAUAUUGCCGCCAUCCGCGGUCGCCAAGACCAUCAAUUUGAGGGGCAGCCAGCAGACGUGAUGCUAGCACACAUAACCGACAUGCGGCGCCCAGGCGACGUGCAGAAUUACGCACUGGCACCGUAUUCCGACAGCGAGGUGGUAUUCCACACCGACGUGGGGGAUAUCGUGUCCCUCUUUGUGCUGGGCGAGCCAGCAAGUGGCGGUGAAAGUCUUGCGAGUGGAUGGACCGUGUACAACGCACUAGCAGAGAUCCGCCCCGAUCUAAUCCACGUAUUGGCAGAGGACUGGCCGAUCCCCAGCGCACAGGAACCCGGAGUCUUUAAGUACCGACCACUACUGUAUUAUCAGCCAAGCUGCGAAUCAGCCCCUGAACGAGUGAUCUUGCAAUUCUCGCGGCGCUCAUUCUCUGGGUUUGGAGCCCACUCCCAGCCGAGCAUGCUCUCUCCAACUCAGGUCGAGGCACUGGAUGCUCUCCACUUUCUGGCGGAGAAGCAUCACGUGGAAAUGGAGCUGAAAAAGGGCGAUAUGCAAUUCAUCAAUAACCUUAGUAUGAUCCAUGCUCGAAAUAGCUAUGUAGACGAUCCAGAGAAUCGACGACACCUGCUACGCCUGUGGCUUCUUGAUCCUCAAAACGCGUGGGUCACGCCCGAGCCACUGCGCAGUCGUGCAGAUCGGAUUUAUAGCGACAACCACCGACGCGGUCCGCAAAUUUUUCCUGUGGAUCCGAUCCCGAGGUCGGUGGGGAAGGCUAGAAAAGAUUGA